AUGCGAUUGCGCGUACGCCCUGCCUGGCGACGACAGCCGGCUGGCAUGUGGCUCUUGCCGGCAGCCGCAUUCCUGUGCGUGACGACGACGACGGCGGCGACGACGACAACGACGACGGCCGCCGCCUCUGCCGGGCUCUGUGUGGCCGGAUACCACAGCUGCGCGGUCCUGGGCGCCAGCUUUGCGGACUUGUGCUGUCCACUGGUGCAGAGCUGCAUGCUGGACGAAGCCGACGAGCCGGCCUGCUGUCCGGCCGGAUAUGCCUGCACGGGGACGGCGCCGGCGGCAGCCACGACGGCUUCGCUGUCGUACGUGCCCGACUACUACUACGGGUACUUUCCAUACGUCGUGCCGGCCGGCGCGGCCGCAUCAACGGCGCUCGCAGACAUCGGCAGUUGCGACGCCGCUGUGCAGCAGUGCCGCGCCAACUUUGCGCUCUGCACGACAGUGUUAGGGGGUGCCAUGGUCACAACUGACACUACGGCUGCUACAGCUGCCACUGCUGCUGCCACUGCUACAACACCCACAACCACUCCCACUUUCGGCGUCACCGUCGUCGUCUCAAGCCAGACCACAAUCCAACUGCACAAAAGAGCUGCUGCCACCAUAUCUGCACUCGUUCUCACGGUGCCCACCACAUUGGCUGCUGCGUCGGCUGCCAGCAUCUGCAGCCUCCUCAGUAGCCAGGCCUGUGGAGGGCUGCCGGCCAGUUGCUCCGUCCUCUUCGCUACCAAAACGGCUACGGUCUCAGCUUCGAGCAGCACAAGAUCAUCCACCAUCAGCAGUGCUGGCCGCAACGCUCAGCUGGCACCGCUGCACAGACAUGUCGCCCUGCUCGCUGCAACUGUUGCCGUUGUGGUUCUUGUGCUAUGA